ACUCUCACAGUAACAGGCUGUGUGUGCGCGUGUGAGACACUCGCCGAUUUCGAGCGCGUAUGACUAGGAAGAAUGUGAAAAAUCUCGUAAUCCCAAUCCCAUCUUCAAAUGGGGGCUUAAGAAGUCAUCCAUUGGCCAAUGGCUUUAUAGGAUGAUGCUUCUAAGUGUGUUAUGUUUCAGAGUCUCGGCGAUCGCUGUUUCCUACUGAGUUUGUUUCUUUCUAUUGAAAGCCAAGAAAGAAUCCAUUUCUAUUGUCUAGUAUCUGAGUAACUGAUACAUGUACUAGCCACACAUAUGGUGAGUUUUGUCUCUUUUCUUCUUCCGAGUUGUAUCAUUGUAAAGUACCAUUGUACUUUGUUUGUGUUGCUUCUGGAGAAGCUCAAUGAGGCUGGUUGAGAGAACAAGCUAAAGUUAGCCCAUUUUAUCAUUUGAUUUGUUCAUGCAAUGAGGUUUCAUGGAGUUAAUCUAACUUUAGCUUUAUCGUAUUAUUCAUGAUGUUAAAUGAGGAGAGUGGUCAAUGCCCUUCCCUGUGAAUAAUCUCUGUGCUUGAAGUGGACCAUUGUUAGCUAUUUUCUUUUACAUAGAUCUGCAAUGUGAAAAGGGAGUAAUUAAUGCUACUUGAUUGAUUCUUUUAGCUUGUAGCGUUUAUAGACACUAUGAGAAGAGGCAGAGGGAAAGGGAGGAAGCAGAGUAGUGCAUCUGCUCGGGAAGACCGUGGAAGCGGCGAAGAAGAAAAGAUACCAGCUUACAGGAGAAGAGGAAGGCCACAAAAGCCGAUGAAAGAUGAUUUCGAAGAGGAGGAGGAAGAAGAAGAAGAAGAAGAAGAAGAAGAAGAGAUGGUAGAGAAGAUGGAACAAGAAGAAGAAGAAGAAGAUAUUGAUUAUACAAACGAGAGUACAGUCACAAGCAACGAGAGGAAGAGGAAGAUAUCUAGUGGAAGCAAAGAAGAAGAGAAUGUGUUAGGUUUGAAACCAAGCAUGGAUGGUUCCAAGAAGUCGACAUGUACGGGGUUUAGACAGAGUGGAAGCAGGAGGAAAAGCAAGCCGAGACGAGCUGCUGAAGCUGUUGUGGAAUGUAAUGGAGUUUGAAGAACUUCAAGAAACAGGGUUGAUGAUGACAAGUUUAACAUGAGGAGGCUUCUUCUUUUUGGCUUUUAUUACCUUUUUUUUACUUUUGCAAUUUGGCAACUUUUGGAUAUCUUUUUUUGGUGUUUAUAUGAUUCAUGAAUCAAUGGCAUCAAUCUGCAUUUUCUUGUGUC